AUGACUCCACCAACUUCUAGCAUCACAAAACCCAAAAGACAAGAGCUAGAUGCGUUCAUUAGGGGCCGAAUUAUAGGUCAAUGGGAGAAGGACGCUACAUAUGAAGAAAUCUCUAAAGCUCUUGACAUUCUGAAGAGCACUGUUGGAAAUGUAGUGAAAGCCUUCAGAGAUAAAGGUGUUUCCAAGCCCUUGACACGUCUAGGAAGGGAACCAAAUGUUACAAAGAGAACACAAUCUGUGAUGGUGCGCUCAUUUUGUAGUGAGCCAUUCGUGUCAAUUGCAGCUCAGCAUCAGAGAUUAGUCGAUGUGGAAAUCUCCAUCUGCAUGACUACAUUCCAAGACCAUCCAAUGACCUAUUACACUCGAGUGUAUAAGUUUCAAUAUUUUAGUUUUUUUCAAAAACUAGUGGACAUUUAA